AUGUCCCUUUAUCAGCUGGUCUAUGGUAAAGCCUGUCACUUGCCAGUUGAGCUGGAGCAUAAAGCUUACUGGGCAAUCAAGUAUCUGAACCUUGAUGCUCAAGCUGUAGGAAUUAAGAGAACGCUUCAGUUGAAUAAGCUUGAUGAAUUUAGAAAUUUGGCUUAUGAGAAUGCCAAGCUCUAUAAGGAGAGAACUAAGAUAUGGCAUGACAAGAAGAUUGCCAUCAGAGUCUUUGAGCCAGGCCAGAGAGUGCUUCUGUAUAAUUCAAAGCUCAAACUCUUUCCCGGGAAGCUGAAAUCCCGGUGGUCAGGACCGUUUGUGGUUACCAGAGCUUCACCGUAUGGUCAUGUGGAAAUUCAGGAAGAUAAUUCUGACAAGAAAUUCACAGUUAAUGGUAAGAGGUUGAAGCACUAUAUUGGAGGCGAGAUUGAUCGCCAACGGUCCGUUCAUCUGCUGAAUUAG